CUGAGAUUGAGGUUAGGUCACACGUGUUGUUUGUUUUGAUUAUUGCGUUUCACGCGCGUUGUGACUUUUGGGGGACUCAGGGAGAGAUGAGCCCCCAUGAGAAGUACGAAACGGUGAAGCUCGCCUUUGUACGAAGCCUGGAGAAGAGGGAGGAUCUCCGAUCGGUUAAAGAACUCUUCCGGAAAGAUGUCAGCCGACGAAGAUUGGAUUUUAUUGAAACUCCUGCACACUUGAUGUCAAUCCUGGAGGCUCAGAGUCUCAUUGCCGAGGACAUCACCGACGGCUUCCGGAUGAUAUCGAACUUAUUGGGCGAUCCUGGUCUCCAGCUGGUGGUGACGAAGUUCCAACAGGAAAUUUCCCAGUCAGCAGGGAAGAAAACUCCCGGAAUUAAUAUCUAUGCGGAGGAGAGAAGGAGUCAGGCAUCGCUGGGAGAAGUGGCCAGCAAGGGGAAGGAGAAGAAGGGAUUGUCGAUUCCCAGGGAGACGAAAGAGGAGAUCUUCCGGCUCGUGGCUGAGCAAAUCGGGAAGUAUUGGCUCACCUUCAGUCGAAAUCUGGGAUUUCGCCAAGCAGAGCUAGAUUCCGUCCAAGAGCAGCACAGGGAUCUCCCGACGCGCGUUUAUGUGAUCCUGGAGCGCCUGGAGGAGUCGCAGCCCGACGAGAUGUUCAACCUGAUCUGCAAAGCGCUGUCAGAGAGUCGCCGGAACGACUUGCAGGAGCGCGUGAGGGGAAUUCUGCUGAAAAAGUCUCGUCCUGUUUAAUAAACUGAGUUUUUAAUUCAAGUAAA